AUGGUGCCACCAAGUGACAUCACCAACAAGAAAACUCGUGUACUUUGGCUCUUAGAUUAUCAUGAUUUUGCGAAGUUGGUUUCUGCAAUUUAUCAAAUGAUUCAUCCACAACAGGUCACUGGCAAAAUUCAGGCAUCUUUUCCCCCAAGUCCAUAUCAAAAUAUAGGAUCCACUAAAAUUGGCUUGCUCUGUCGCUAUAUGUUAUGGCUAAUUAUCCUCAAGUACUUGGCCAUGAAGGAAUUGGCCAUUGAUGCAGCUCAUGGCAGCUUCAUCUCUUGUGGCUUCUCUACUGGUUUUGGAGCUGCCUGGAAAGAAGCCAUGGUUGAAGAAGGAUCUAGUGUUGCUGUUUUCGGUCUUGGCCCUGUUGGGUUAGGGGCUGUAAGUGCAGCAAAGUUGAUGGAGGCAACAAUGAUAAUUGGGAUUGACAAAAAUGAGAAGAAGAGAGAAAAAGGAAGAGCUUGCGGACGGACAGGCUUCAUAAAUCCUGACAAGUUAUCAGAUGAACCUCUUUCACAACAAGUCAAAGAAGCAAGUGGUGAAACGGGAGCGGAUUGUUCGAUUGAGUGCCCCAGAGUUCCCCGGUUGCCCAAUGAAGCCAUGGAAUCUACUAGAGUGGAGUUUCAAUGGCAAACAAUUUACCGACAGAAUUAG